GCAUGUUUGAGGAUGAGCACACUAGAGUUCUUCACAAAGAGAAGAUGUCUUUCUAUAACUCACUGAAUUUGCAGCUGUAUGAUGAGUGGUAGCUUGAGACCAGAGAAACCAUCAAGAAUGCCAAACUGGGGAGGUGGUGCCAAAUGUGGUGCCUGUGACAAGACUGUCUACCAUGCUGAGGAAAUCCAGUGUAAUGGCAGGAGUUUUCAUAAAACAUGUUUCCACUGCAUGGCUUGCCGAAAAGCUCUGGACAGUACAACAGUAGCAGCUCAUGAAUCGGAAAUCUAUUGCAAAACUUGCUAUGGGAGAAAAUAUGGUCCCAAAGGGGUUGGCUUUGGACAAGGUGCCGGCUGCCUCAGCACAGACACCGGAGAGCAUCUUGGGCUGGAUCUGCAACACUCGCCAAAACCAGCUCGUCCUUCCACCCCUACCAACCCUUCCAAGUUUGCCAAAAAGUUUGGUGAUGUCGAGAAAUGCCCUCGUUGUGGGAAGUCAGUGUAUGCAGCAGAGAAGAUAAUGGGAGGAGGAAAGCCUUGGCACAAGACAUGCUUCCGAUGUGCUAUCUGCGGAAAGAGUCUAGAAUCUACAAAUGACAAAGAUGGAGAGAUCUAUUGUAAAGUUUGCUAUGCAAAGAAUUUUGGUCCUAAAGGAAUUGGCUUUGGUGGCCUUACCCAAGUUGAAAGGGUGGAGUAAGAAACACUCCACUUAGACCUGUCCAAAUAAUAAUUACAUGCCUAAUGAUAUGGUAUUAAGAAAACUUUGUUAUCUCACCAAAGAAGUUUGCUACUUUCUUACACUGUAGUAUAUUUUGUUGUAGGAAGACAUUUUGACAAGUAUUGUAUUUAUUACUGAACAAAAAGGCAGUAUUCUAAGAACUGAACUUUGCACAAAAUUAUUUCAGAACUGCCACCUAUUUCUGAUAGUAGCUCUGCUUACUCUGUCACAGAGAUACAAGUACUAUUUUUACAUCAAUGUUAAUUGAGCAAGACCUGAUUCCUAUUGUGCAUUCUGUACAACUAUCAGCCAAAUGGAAUAAAAGUAUUUGACUUUAUCAUAGUACAUUAAAAGUACAGAAAUUUAAAAUAUUUCUCCUACCAUUACCAAGCCUAUGUUUCAAAUAUUGCCUUUACCUUUGUAAUUUUUUUUACUCUGAUCCACUUAAAACCCUGUCAUCUUUGCUUGAAAGGGAGAUUAUUCCAUCACCAUUUGGUGAUACAGGAGCAGAUCUCAAAAUGGCUACUUUUUUUGAUUCAGCACAGCCAGUGUCUGAGGGACUUUUAGUCCAAAAACUAACUCUCCCAAUUUCUGCACAGCAAUACCAAUGGAAAUAAAUGCAUGUGUACAUUUGCAAUCUGUUUUAAAAUAAAUUUUAAAAAAUC